AUGGAGGAACAGAAUAACUCGGUGUGGCAUCGCCGCUCCAAAUUGGAGUUGUCUGUGAUGGCAGGCAUUUUCUUGUUCUUUUUCUACAUUAUUGUUUCGCUAAUUCCAAUUGUCCCCUCAGAAUCUGAGACCAACUUCUGUCCCCAAAUGGAAACACUAUAUCCAGAUUCUUCAUUUGCCAAUGCAACAAUGUUUUUCGAACAGGACUAUGCCAAAUACUCUGUCGACAAAUUGUCCAAGGCUGUUCAAAUUCCUACCGUUAGCUAUGAUGAUAUGGGGGUUCCUGGGGAAGAUGAGAGAUACGAGGUCUUCUACGAUUUCCAGGCGUUUGUCGAGAAAGAAUUCCCUCUUAGUGUCAAGCAUGGUAACCUAGAGAUUGUGAACGAGCAUGGCCUCUUGUUCACUUUCAAGGGCUCGUCCUCUGAAUUGCGACCCGUGCUCUUGAUGGCCCACCAGGAUGUAGUCCCCAUUGGCAACCAAGAGUGGGAUUUUUCUCCGUUUUCUGGAUACUAUGAUGGAGAGUUUAUCCAUGGCCGUGGCACGGCAGAUACUAAGAACACGUUAGUGGGUAUUCUCGAGGCAACGGAGAGCUUGUUGAAGCAAAACUGGGUACCGAGGCGCACGCUAUUGCUCUCUUUCGGCUAUGAUGAGGAGAUCAGUGGCAACAACGGAGCCAGACCCAUGGCUGAAGAGCUCGUGAGCCGUUAUGGUCGGGAUUCUCUCGAGGCUAUUGUCGAUGAAGGGUUCGGCUUCAUGUCAGCCUUUGGCUCGACUGUGGCUGCUCCGGCCAUUGCAGAGAAAGGCUAUCUUGAUGUUGGCAUUGAUUUGAAAACCCCUGGUGGACACUCAUCUAUGCCACCUGACCACACGGGAAUUGGCAUUAUGGCCGAGCUUGCUAAAGUACUUGAAGACAACCCCUUCAAGCCUUCGAUUGACAACGGGAACCCUACCUUGAGCCUGUUCCAGUGCCUCGCUGAGCACGCCGAGCACAUGAACAAAGAACUCAGGCGUAUUGUUUUAGACAUUGACGGUGUUGGUCAUCGCAAAUUGUUUUUGAAGCUUUUGCAACGGAAACCUGAACUUCUCUACACGAUUCGUACUACCCAAGCGUUGGACGUCAUUCGAGGAGGUGUGAAAAUCAACGCGUUACCAGAGAUGGUUUCUUUGUCUAUCAACCAUCGCCUUGCCAUCGACUCGAGUGUGCCAGCCAUCAUGGAUCGCAUUGAACACUUUGCUUCGCGAGUCGCUGAAAAGUACCAAUUGGGGCUUUACAGCGACGGCGAUGAAGUUCUCGUCGGCCCCAAUGGUAACUUCUCUAUCACAGCCAUGGAUAAGCGUGAACCAGCUCCUAUUUCUCCAAGCGAAGGUCUCCCUUGGAAGUGGAUUGGAGGUACCUACCGUCAUGUCUUGGGUGAAACUGCAGGAGAGCACAAGCCUGAGGGCAACAUUAUUGUUUCUCCAAGCAUUAUGCCUGCUGCUACGGACACUCAUCACUUUUGGGCGUUGACAAGGGCAAUUUACCGCCUCAGCCCAGUCUACUUUGAAGACAUGAUCAACUUCCACACUGUCAACGAAAAACUACGUUUCCGUAGUCAUUUGAUCACUGUUGCUUGGUACUACGAGUUUAUUCUAAACAGCACUCUUUAG